GAGAAGGCGUCUCAAAAGUACUUAAUCUUGUAACAGGCGGGUAAAAAUGCACACGUGGAAUUCAUAUAGGUGCUUGAUUGAACGGCCGCUUAACCAAUCAAAACGGAAAGAAAUGACGGAUUUACGGAUUUAAACCAAUCUUUGACUUAUAGAGGCGGGGUUUUUUUUAGCAUGCCAUAAAAAUCUUUCCCAAAAAGCUAACCUAGUUGGAAAAACAGUUGGCAAUGUGACUAGGUGUGCAAAGUUAAUCGAUACGGAAGACUUUUAUAGACUAUGACAGCUAACCUCAGUUCUGUAAGAUGCUUGAAUACAUGGAGGAGUUAAGCAUCAUUUAACAGUUUUAAUUUGAGAUGCGAGGAAGCGUCUAAAUCUACUCUGACUUCACUUAUUUAAUAAAUAAUAGCGCCUCGUCAGGUAGUAAGGCCCUUUGAGACCACAUGGGGAAUUUUAAAGGCCAUGCUCUACCUGGCAGUUUCUUUCUGAUCGCUGGCUUGUGGUGGGCAGUGAAGCACUCACUCUGGUACACCACCCGCAGGAACAGGAGUGUUGGUGCAGGGAGGCUUGCCACCCGAGCCCUGCAACAUCGCCUUGAAAUCAUUGAGGGAGCUGUAAUGCUCUCCUUCUCAGUUAUUGGUAUGCUAGCAGAGCAGUUUGCAGCAGGUGGACCGAAGUUCCACCUGUAUAACUCCUCUACUGAGCACUGGGACAAACUGAUGAACUGGCAGCACACAAGCAUGUACUUGUUCUUUGCUCUGGCAGGGGCCAUGUCCCUCAUUGUCCACAGCACAGACGCAGCACCCCUGGCCUUAGAUCGCCUGAUGAUGGGUCUUGCUUUUUUUAAUGAAGGAUUUUUAUUUCUCUAUCACCUCCAUGGCAGAGACAUGUUGGAUGUCCAUAUCCACAUGCUUCUGCUGUAUGCAACCUUCGGGGGGGCCCUCACCUGCCUCCUGGAGAUCUUCCACAGGGGAAAUAUCCUCCUGGAGCUCUUACGGGCCAGUCUCUGCCUGCUGCAGGGUAGCUGGUUUUGGCAGAUUGCCUUUGUGCUGUACCCACCCAGUGAGGUAAAGUGGGAUUUGUCAGACCACAACAACAUGAUGUUCAUUACCAUGUGUUACAGCUGGCACCUGGCCUUUGCCCUGCUCGCAGUGGCCAUUGCACAUGCCACUGUACUUUGUGUGGUACGUUCUAAGCUCCGGAGAAUGCUGCCUAUGGAGAUGGGUCUUCUGAAACCACAGGAAAAAGAAGGAGAUUCUGAAGAUGACAUUUUAUGAGUGUUUGUCACCCCUAUGCAGUCAUCUGCAAAUUAUACAAGACAUUGACAGACCUAAGUGCCUAGGCCUGUCUUGCCAUACUGAACCCCAAGUAGGGGUUCAUCUCCAACUAUUUCUGACACAAUGCUGUAUCCAAAUAUGGUGUAUUUUGUUUUAAAUACUGUCCUACUUUAUAUGUUGUAUGGCCUCUUUCCUCCUUUUCUAGCAAUCGCAGAAGGACAUCUCUCUGGUGCAAUCAUAUUUUUCUUAGACAACACAGGAAAUUUUAUAUAUUGAGGUGGUGGGUUUUGUUUUUUUUUUAGUUAAAGAAGCCAUAUAAAUGAGCUAUGGAUCACUUUGGUGUCCUUUAUUUGAAAUUUAUACUGAACAUAUUCUUUAUUUCAUGUCAUCACAUGUGACUAAUGUAUUGUGGUAAGGACACAUUAUAAAUAUCUUUGACGGAAGGUAGGCCUCUGACAUUCCAGGGAAGAGCUCCUUAAAUAUUUAAUGUAAAUGAUGGCCUUGGCUAACAUUUUACUUGUUUAUAUUUUGCAUAUCCAGGGCUGCUGUAGUAAUUGUAAUAUUGCAAAAAACAUUGCUCAUUUAUUUCAUUAGGAAAGUGCAAGGUUCACGGGCAAGAUGUAUGCUGGCAGUUGUAUGGUUAAGUUUUGUUGCUUUAUGCCAGUAGUCUAAGCAGAAACUGUGCAAUCUGGACAGAACCUUUUGUGUUGGUG